CGGCCCAGGGCCGGUGCCUGGGGCCUCGGGGGCGGCCCUGACCGUCCUCCUCGUCGCCCGGGCCGGGUCACAGUUGUGCCCCCGGCGGCGCUCGGCCACCUCUGCGUCUCCGCGCUCGCUGGGUCGCGCUGCUGCCUGGGCGCGGCGGCGGCGGCGGCGCCCUGUUGAAUGGGCUGUGAGGGCCCGGGUCUGAAGUGCUGGCGGACGCGGCCUCCGGGGGCGCAAGGCAGCAGCAGCGGUGGCGACCAAACGGGUGUUGGAGUUGGCGGCGGCCAUGGAGGGCCUGGCUGGCUCCGUGUACAAGGCGGCCAGCGAGGGCAAGGUGCUCACACUGGCUGCCUUGCUCCUUAACCGGUCGGAAAGCGAUAUCCGCUACCUGCUGGGCUAUGUCACACCCCUCAUCAUCGCAGCCCGCAAUGGGCACGCCAAGGUGGUGCGCUUGCUGUUAGAACACUACCGUGUGCAGACCCAGCAGACUGGCACUGUCCGCUUCGACGGGUAUGUCAUUGAUGGUGCCACUGCUCUUUGGUGUGCUGCAGGAGCUGGACAUUUUGAGGUUGUUAAACUACUUGUUAGUCAUGGAGCCAAUGUGAACCACACCACAGUCACUAACUCAACCCCAUUGCGGGCAGCAUGCUUUGAUGGCAGACUGGACAUUGUGAAAUAUUUGGUCGAAAAUAAUGCCAAUAUCAGCAUUGCCAGCAAGUAUGACAACACCUGCCUAAUGAUCGCAGCAUAUAAGGGGCACACUGAUGUGGUCAGAUACCUUUUAGAGCAGCGCGCUGAUCCCAGUGCUAAAGCACACUGUGGAACCACAGCAUUGCACUUUGCAGCCAAGGCUGGUCACAUUGACAUUGUGAAAGAGCUGAUAAAAUGGCGAGCUGCGAUAGUGGUGAACGGCCAUGGGAUGACACCGUUGAAAGUAGCUGCUGAAAGCUGUAAAGCUGAUGUUGUUGUGAAAGACCCCUUUGAACUCUUGCUCUCUCAUGCCGAUUGUGACCGCAGAAGUCGGAUUGAAGCCUUGGAGCUUUUGGGUGCCUCCUUUGCAAAUGACCGUGAGAACUAUGACAUCAUGAAGACAUACCACUAUUUAUAUUUAGCCAUGUUGGAGAGGUUUCAAGAUGGUGACAACAUUCUUGAAAAAGAGGUUCUCCCACCCAUCCAUGCAUAUGGGAACAGAACUGAGUAGUGUAGGAACCCCCAGGAACUGGAAUCCAUUCGGCAAGACAGAGAUGCUCUUCACAUGGAGGGCCUUAUAGUAAGGGAACGGAUUUUAGGUGCUGACAACAUUGAUGUUUCCCACCCUAUCAUUUACAGAGGGGCUGUCUAUGCUGAUAACAUGGAGUUCGAGCAGCGCAUCAAGUUGUGGCUUCACGCACUGCACCUCAGGCAGAAAGGUAAUAGAAACACCCACAAGGAUCUGCUUCGAUUUGCUCAAGUCUUCUCACAGAUGAUACACCUCAAUGAAGCUGUGAAGGCCCCAGACAUAGAAUGUGUUCUGAGAUGCAGUGUUUUGGAAAUAGAGCAGAGCAUGAACAGAGUUAAAAAUAUCUCCGAUGCUGAUGUCCAUAGUGCCAUGGACAACUACGAGUGUAACCUCUAUACUUUUCUGUACCUGGUGUGCAUCUCCACCAAGACACAGUGUAGCAAAGAAGACCAGUGCAGAAUUAACAAGCAGAUCUACAACCUGAUUCACCUGGACCCCAGAACGCGGGAAGGUUUCACCUUGCUACACUUGGCUGUCAACUCAAACACACCAGUUGAUGAUUUCCACACCAAUGACAUCUGCAGCUUUCCCAACGCACUGGUCACGAAGCUCCUGCUGGACUGUGGUGCUGAGGUGAAUGCCGUGGACAAUGAAGGGAACAGUGCCCUCCACAUUAUCGUCCAGUACAACAGGCCCAUCAGUGACUUUCUGACCUUGCACUCCAUCAUCAUCAGCCUUGUGGAGGCCGGCGCACACACUGACAUGACAAACAAGCAGAAUAAGACUCCACUAGACAAAAGUAUGACUGGGGUGUCUGAGAUACUACUCAAAACUCAGAUGAAGAUGAGCCUCAAGUGCCUGGCUGCCCGAGCAGUUCGGGCUAAUGACAUUAACUACCAAGACCAGAUCCCCCGGACUCUUGAAGAGUUUGUUGGAUUUCAUUAAGUGACUGGAUGUGUAAAAUCGUUGAAUGUGGUGCUAAAAAGUAAAGGACUUUAAUCACAGACAAUAGAAGUAUGUGUUCAUAAAUUGUCCUUUCCUUUCCACUGCCCUUUCAGCCCCUCCGUCCUUGGUUCCGUUUGGCUCUGGUCUCAUGUAUUGAUUUCAGCACACUAAACAGAAGCAGCACUGUUGAGGUGUAACUGGAAGGUGUUGGGACAUUUCUUU